AUGCCUCGAACACCAGAUCUCGUGUCGGACUCCAAACUUAUUACGGAGUUUAGCAAUUCCGCAACCAUCCAUGCAGUUCACGAUAUCGACGAAGCAGGCUCUCGAUCCUACCGAAAAGAAUACUGGAAAUGGGAUAGAAACUUUGGAUACGGACGAUUUGGAGCGGUUCUGCUGCAGAUAUGUGUUACCACCGGUGCAAAGCAGGAUGCUCUCCGCGCGGUGAAGGUCAUCAACAAGUCCCCGAAUUUCAACAGAGAGUUAGAAGCGAUUGCAAAAUUUUCUCAUAAACGAUAUGAACAUUGGUUCGUAAAGUCGUUCGGAUGGUAUGAAGAUUUGAGCUCAAUCUUCAUUACUAUGGAAUAUUGCCAUUAUGGUGACCUUCAUCACUACCUCUUCAACCAACGUUCCCUGCUCGCGGUAGAAGCUCAACAAGUGACGCGUCAAAUACUCGAAGGCCUUGAUCAUAUGCAUAAGAAUGAAUUUGCGCACAGGGAUUUAAAGCCCGGAAACAUCCUUAUCAAAUUAAAACCGCCGGAGGGGAAGUGGUGGGUAGUACUCGCUGACUUCGGUAUCAGUAAACGAGACGAGGAGAGUAACGCACCUACUACUACGAUCCAAGGCACGAAAGGGUAUAUGGCGCCGGAGCUACUCGGAUUCCCUGAUCUUACUAAACCUAAGCAUAUCUCUGACUUUAAGGCGGCAGAUAUGUGGGCUUUGGGAGAAAUCGCCUUUCGUAUGCUGACUGGCAAUGCCACAUUUAAGUCCGAGUGGGAAUUAAUGGAAUACUAUCAACAAAAGCGGCCCUUCCCAUCGGAUCAACUUCCGUCAUCUGCUAGAGGCGAUGGGGAGGAAUUUAUCUGUAAUCUCAUAGGGAUGCGCCCUAAUAUGCGAAUGACUACAACCCAGUGCCUUGAACAUCGCUGGAUAGAGUCACAGCGCAUAACCCUUGAAGAGCUAGGUUGA